AUGCAUUCCGCUCAGCGCAAAUCCUCGGGACAGUCGCAGCGGCAGUCAUCACUACGCUCAACGCGAUCAGCAAUAGCUGCCGGCACUUCAAUGCGACAAUCUGAUCUCUCUACUGAACAGCAGGGCGUGGCCCAGCCUCAUGAUGACAGCCAACGCCAUGUGCCGGUGGUGACAUCGAAAUGGUGGCAUGUGCACCUAUUUCGUGGCAUGGUGAACGACGUGAAACGCAGAGCACCUUACUACUGGAGUGACUGGACUGAUGCUUGGGAUUAUCGCGUCGUGCCUGCGACAAUUUAUAUGUAUUUCGCUAACCAGAGCUAUGGUGUCAAUGAAGUUCUUCUUGCAUCCGUUCUCGGCGCUAUUGUAUUUGCUCUUUUUGCAGCUCAGCCGUUGGUUAUCGUGGGCGUUACUGGCCCAAUCACUGUGUUCAACUAUACUGUCUAUGAUAUCAUUGCUCCUCGAGGGACUCCCUAUCUUGCUUUCAUGUGCUGGAUCGGAAUUUGGUCUCUGAUCAUGCAUUGGGUGUUGGCCAUUACCAAUGCCUGUAAUGGGCUUACCUAUGUCACGCGUUUCUCUUGCGACAUUUUUGGAUUCUACGUUGCUUGCAUCUACCUGCAAAAGGGUAUCCAAGUCUUGACCAGACAAUGGGGCUCUGUAGGAGACACAUCUGCCUAUUUGAGCAUCAUGGUGGCACUCCUUGUCUUGAUGAGUGCAUGGAUCUGUGGUGAGUUGGGGAACAGUAAUUUCUUCAAGCGUUUCAUUCGGAAGUUCCUCGAAGACUAUGGGACACCCUUGACAAUCAUUUUCUUCACCGGAUUUGUUCACAUCGGUCACAUGAGGGAUGUUGACGUUGCUACACUUCCUACUAGCAAGGCUUUCUUCCCAACCCUCGACCGUUCCUGGCUGGUUCGCUUCUGGGAUAUAAGUAUUGGAGAUAUCUUCCUUGCUAUACCCUUUGCACUUUUACUCACCAUUCUCUUCUAUUUCGAUCACAAUGUAUCAUCUUUGAUCGCCCAAGGAACUGAGUUCCCGCUUCGAAAGCCAGCUGGAUUCCAUUGGGACAUCUGGCUCCUUGGACUGACCACUUUCGUGGCUGGUAUCCUGGGAAUUCCUUUCCCGAACGGUCUCAUUCCCCAGGCUCCAUUCCACACGGCUGCACUCUGCGUCACCCGCCAAGUUGCGGACGAGGAUGACACCAACAAGGGCAAAGCCAUCAGAAUCACAGACCAUGUAGUUGAGCAGCGUGUUAGCAACUUGACACAAGGUCUCUUGACUCUGGGCACAAUGACUGGGCCUCUUCUCAUCGUUCUCCACCUGAUACCACAGGGCGUGAUGGCUGGUCUCUUCUUUGUCAUGGGAGUCCAAGCCCUUCAAGGCAACGGCAUAACCCAAAAACUGAUGUUCCUUGCACAAGACAAGAAAUUCACCCCUGCUUCUGAUCCUCUGAAGAGAAUCGAGCGUCGUACUGCAAUCUGGGCUUUUGUCAUUCUCGAACUAGUUGGCUUCGGUGCGACUUUCGCUAUCACCCAGACUAUUGCGGCGAUUGGAUUCCCCGUCAUCAUUCUGCUUUUGAUUCCUGUGCGCUCGUUCCUUUUGCCAAAAUGGUUUACCCGAGAGGAGCUCGCAGCACUGGAUGGACCGACCGCCAGUCCAUUCACCAUGGAAAGCGUUGGUGGUACACAUGGAAUGGAUGAUGAUGAUGAGGCGGUGGCUACUGGGGCUCAGGGAGUCUCACAUGGAGGCGAAGGGGUACUAAGAGGCAGAAUCUCCACUUCUCCUGAAUCUUCAACAGAGGAAAACGACUUGGAGCGAGGUGAGUCGUAUGAGCUCCCAUCUCGAGCGUCGCACAGGAGGGGCACGACUAGCCAAGUCGACUAG